UUAUAUAUUUUUGUAGGUGAUAGCAGGCAGUGUUAGGAAGUGCGACUUCUGCUAACAAAAUACUGACCACAGUCGGCCUGUCCCCUUCCUGUUGUUAGGAACAGACUUCUUCCAGUAGGUUUGUGUGCUCAUAUUGUGACAGACCUUAGAGAAGACCAUUUCCUGCGGAGUAUGGGAUUGGGCAGAUAAUUGGCGCAGGUAGGUUGGAAGUCAAGGCAAAGAUAGGAGGAGACGGGCCAUAUUGGAUGGUGAGAUGAAGACCAUCUGAUGGAUGAGUUAAGGUCAAUGAAUUGAAAACUGAUACAAGGAGGACUGAGCAUGCUCGACAGAUAUAUUAAUAAUGAAAAGCCAUGUCAGAGAAAUAGCUGGUCAGCACAUAAAAAGCAGUAAAAGCCUGAAGACAUCAAUGGAUGGAGAACUUGCAAGUGAUAAAUAACUUAAUUAUUACUAAAACAAUAUAAGAGAAGUGACCAGGACAGAAAGCAACUGCAAUGGAGAGCAGAGAUACAGCAAGAUAUUUGGUGUUGCCACAGGACCCUUCUGCCAGUGUGGAGAGAGAGGUACAACUCAUCAUGGAGAACGGCGAGACAGACCAAACCAUGAUUCCAGAAGAUACUAUCAUAACAUCAUCUACUCGAGAAGAGCUGCUUGGCCAUAUUAAAAACUUACAAAAUGAAAUAACGGAAAUAGUAGCAGAAAUAGAUGAUUUUGAACGUCUGGAAAUAAGUCGUAAAAUACAGAGGGAGAAUGAAUUUCUCAGUGCUAGCAGGAAAUUUAACAUGGAUCCAGAGAAAGGAAUUCAGUUGCUGAUCAGCAGGAAAUUUCUGGAAAAAGAUGCAGAACAUAUUGCUAGCUUCCUAUAUAAAGGCGCAGGACUUAGCAAGACUUCAAUUGGGGAGUACCUUGGUCAAAGGGAUUCUCUAAAUAUUCAGGUUUUACAGGCAUUUGUGAGAUGCCAUGACCUUAACAAACUCGGACUAGUGGAGGCUCUGAGAAGAUUUCUGGGAAGUUUCAGGCUGCCUGGAGAGGCUCAGAAAAUUGAUCGAAUAAUGGAGGCAUUCUCAGCUCAUUACUGCCAGUGUAACCCAGGGACCUUACAGUCUACAGAUACUUGUUAUAUUGUCUCCUUCUCGCUGAUCAUCCUAAAUACAAGCCUGCAUAAUCCAAGUGUUAAGGACAAGCCCGACCUACAACAGUUCAUUUCCAUACACAAAGGUAUACAUCCAGGUGGUGAUAUACCCUCAGAAUUGCUGACUGAUAUGUUUGAGAGUCUGAAAAAGGAACCAUUUAGUCUACCGGAAGAGGAAGACGCCUGGGAGCUCACACUUGCCUUUCAAAAGCCACAGAGAGAGGGCUGGCUUCUGAAAAUGGGUGGCCGUGUCAAGACUUGGAAAAAGCGAUGGUUCAUUCUCAAAGAUAACUGUCUAUACUAUUUUGAAUAUACAACGGACAAAGAUCCUCUUGGAAUAAUUCCUCUGGAAAAUCUGUGUGUUGAAUUAGUGGAAGACCCGAAAAAGCCGCACUGCUUUGACCUACAUGCAAGAGGGAACACUGUUAAAGCUUGCAAGACACAGGCAGAUGGGAAGAAAGUGCAAGGAAACCACCAAUCAUAUCGCUUGUCUGCUACCAGUGGUGAAGAAAGAGAGAGCUGGGUACAGAGCCUCAGAUCCAGCAUUUCUUGGAAUCCUUUCCUUGACCAGGUCACCAUACAGAAGAAAAUAUCAUCAAUCAAAAAGGACCAUUGAAUAAGCAGAACAGCUGUAUGUAUUUCCUUGGAUUAAUUGAACUGGACUGGAGAAAUCUAAAGUCUUAGGCCCGGAUUCAUAGACAUCGGCGCAUUUUUAGGCGGGCGUAGCGCAUCUCAUAUGCGCUACGCCGACAUAAA